UCGAGAGUGUAUGCACACCGCCGGUCCAUCGCGUGCUCCCGUCGCACGUCCCCCGAAAACGGGUUUCACGCGUGAGCACGGCUGUCAAUUGCGGCAUCGCAUCCAACAUGUGGGAUAUCAUCGGUACACAAAUAAUGUCUUUCUAGCAGAAGCACAGCAGGAAAACAACAAGACACACAGUACAACGAUAUCAGACCAGGUAUACCCCUCCGUCAUCACUGCUGUCUCGCCGACAGCCGCGGGACAAGCUACAGAAGAGUCACAGGGGGAUGCACUCAGUAUAGAAAGCGGUACGAGGCUUGUGUGCACAUGCGCAUGUUUCACAGAGUUCCAUUGA